CUAUCUGUUAAGGUUCAGUGUUAGUGUGUGUUGAACUUAAUAUGUGGAGCUUGGUGAUGUUUUUGUGCCUCACCACAUGGGCUGAAGCCCAGAUUGGUAGAGGGCAGCACCAAGAUCACAACGGACACGGGUGGGACAUCCGACUAGCGGUUCCUGGAGAACCGGGCAGUGACUAUCCCACCCUUGGCGCUAUACCAAGAACAUCCUUCUCAUGCGCCGGUAGAGAACCAGGUUAUUACGCUGACCUGGAAACGAAUUGUCAAGUAUUUAGAGUAUGCACAGUUGGAUCAACAUACGGCUUCCAAUCCUUCCUCUGUCCAAAUGGAACAUUAUUCAACCAGGCAGUCUUCGUGUGUGACUGGUGGAUGAACGUCGACUGUCAGAACUCUCAACAGUUCUUCAACAAUAACAAUGAUAAGUUCGAAAACCUUCGGCUAGGACCACAACUCAUGAAAGAUAUAAAGAAGAUGCUCACACAUCCAAUGCUGAACCCUUAUGACAAGAAUGCUAUGAAGAGCAACCUUAUCGUAAUGCAGGACUACAAACCACCCUUUGGCCAACUGUUCCCAAAUGGAGCGUUACUAGCUGGACCCGAGAGGGCUCCAAAUAACGUCUAUGUUCCUGCAAAACAAAUUCAGCAAAAUCUAAUUCAGGGCAACCAAAACGAUUACGCAUUUUCUGCGUCUACACCUGAUCCAAGAUACAUUCCUGCUCCUUUAAACUUUGUGCCAUUACAAAGAGAUACAGAAGUAUUCCAAAGGCAAAGACAAAAUGAACCUUUUAAUUCAGUUAAUAGUAUCCAAAACGCUAGAGUGCAAACGACACAAAUAUCGCAGACUGGAAACCUAAUUUCUAACGGCCAUGCGGGCAGAUUUACACAAAAUUCAAAUGGAAACUUUGUCAAUAAUAAUGGAUACGCACAGGCACCACGUCCAACACAAGUAACUAACGCUUUCUCACAGAGACAAACAUCACAAGUAGUAAACAACAACCAGGGCAAUACACUACCAAACCAAAGAGUUCAAAACAACAGACCACGUGCACAGUAUUCUGAACCCAGAAGACUCCCUCAAACGAAUAAUGAAGUACCAUUUUCGAAAAUUCAAAACAAUGCAAACAAUAACCAAAAUAAACAACCAUAUACAUACAGCCCGCCGACUACAAAUAUUCCAAAAUAUUCAAAUAAUUUAGAUAACCCAGCUGGUAGGGAACUAAAAGAAAAUCUGGCACUCGUCUAUUCAUUUUUGACUGACUCUAUCAACGUAGCGAGAGAAUACAACAACAGAGCACAACAAGAGAUAAUAUCAUCUACAUCGACACCCGCACCACCACAAUUCCAGAACUUAAACAAUGUCACACAAAUCUUCAACAAUCCAAGCGCAGCAAACAUCGUAAAUCCUAGCAACAUACAACAGCAGACUACACAAAUGCUCACUUUACAACAAAACACAAAUCAAAACAGUCCGAAGCAAUCAAGCCCUCAAUACGAAGUUGUUAAAGCUGAAACUAUAGCUUUAAAUCCAGCCAAACUGCAACUCGAGCCGCCUAAUGAACCUGAACAAUUUAACAGUCAAGAGACUCUCAAUAGAAUAUUAAACAGUGGAAAUGGUAUUUCAGCACAACUACAAGAUAAAAUUGUCAGCACAAUCCCACACCCAUUAGAAGAAAAUAAAUUGCUCACAUAUAAAAAAGAUCAGUCUUACUACCUUUACACUAAAUUAGAAGACAACACUAUUGAACAAAAUUCUCAAACAAACCAGCAAAGCAAUUCACAAAUCAAAACUGCACAGAAUGCUAAAUUAGUUGAGGGUACAAACAGUAAUAUGGCUAAUUUAGUUUCAUUUCAACUUAUACCGUCAGUUAGUUAUGAAUUGGAGGAUGAGAAAGAACAGCAGAAAUUCCUUAAUGCCUUCCAAAUUGAUGAGUUUGGAGCUCCAAGAGACAUCAUGAAGAGUGAAAAGGUAAAUCAAGGACAGAUAAUGACUUCUAGCGUUGAUUACUCCGUAGAACACCCUACGACAGUUAAACAAAAUGAACAAUACGUAAUAAACCCUCUUUACUCUGGUCCCUCCUCAUACACUGCCCCUCAAUCUUCGGUUGGCAGUUUAGAAUCUAGACAGAUCCAACAAAAUAACUUUAAUUCUAGAUUAGAAGAUUUUGAUAGUAGUAAUCAUAAUGGGUACCCGAAGGAACGACCGGCACGCCAUUUUUUUUCUUGAACUGUUAACUAAAUGAAAGUUGAAUCUGUGUAUGUACGUGUCUAUGUAACUACGUAGUUAAUGUUAUCUACCUUAUGUAAAUACAAUUAGAUUUAAGAUAUAAAAUAUUAUCUAAACUUAAGUAAAUGAAAUAAACAUUUCUAGACUUGACUGCAACCAAAAACGAGAGAAUCAAAUAAUAAUUUUAGCUUAAUAAGAAUUAGUUUUAAAAGGAAUACUCGUUAACUAAAGUUAGAAUAGAUAAGUUUGGAUGGAGGUGUGGUUGUAAUACAAAUUAUG